CUGCGUUUGCUUGUUGUUGACAUUAUAAUAUUAUAUUGUGUGCGACGUUGAUAUAACUUAUUUUUGUGUUUACGAAACGAACGCUUGAAGGCCGUUGGCAAACCGUUGAACUGAGCUGCCAAACUGAUGCUACCGAUGGAGGAGGAGAAUGCGGCUCCGGGGGAGGGGGAGGAGGGUAGCGCAGCGCUACAUGCCCGCUUAGUAGCGCUCGUGCGCACCGCCGGCGGCGAGCCGGAGGGGCGCGUGGGCGUGUGGAUGGAGCACUCGUACGCGCGCGCCAAGAGCGGCGCCGCCGUACGCGAGCUGCUCGCGCGGCCCGCGCCCGCGCCCGCGCCCGCCGACCUGCCGCUCGACGUCGGCGCGCCCGGGGACUGCGACCCGGCCCCAGACACACAGGAACCCGACGCUGUUGACCCAGAGUGGGAAGCGCGCGUGCUGGCGUUAGCACCGAGCGCGAUGCACGCCCGAGCCGCGCGCGCCGCGCUAGAGGCGCUCGGGGCCUUCCGCCUCGCGCGCCUCGCCUCAGCCGGCCACGCCGACGCGAGUAUAAAGAGAGACCAGGCGCGAACCGCUUCGAGAGCUGUGCGGCGGGCAUUAGCGCCGUUGUGGGCGGCUCCUAACGGUAUGUUGUGUACUAUUUCCUUUCGCCUCGCCUCAGCCGGCCACGCCGACGCGAGUAUAAAGAGAGACCAGGCGCGAACCGCUUCGAGAGCUGUGCGGCGGGCAUUAGCGCCGUUGUGGGCGGCUCCCAAUGGUAUGUUGUGUACUAUUUCCUUUCGCCUCACUUCAGCCGGCCACGCCGACGCGAGUAUAAAGAGAGACCAGGCGCGAACCGCUUCGAGAGCUGUGCGGCGGGCAUUAGCGCCGUUGUGGGCGGCUCCUAACGGUAUGUUGUGUACUAUUUCCUUUCGCCUCGCCUCAGCCGGCCACGCCGACGCGAGUAUAAAGAGAGACCAGGCGCGAACCGCUUCGAGAGCUGUGCGGCGGGCAUUAGCGCCGUUGUGGGCGGCUCCUAACGGUAUGUUGUGUACUAUUUCCUUUCGCCUCGCCUCAGCCGGCCACGCCGACGCGAGUAUAAAGAGAGACCAGGCGCGAACCGCUUCGAGAGCUGUGCGGCGGGCAUUAGCGCCGUUGUGGGCGGCUCCUAACGGUAUGUUGUGUACUAUUUCCUUUCGCCUCGCCUCAGCCGGCCACGCCGACGCGAGUAUAAAGAGAGACCAGGCGCGAACCGCUUCGAGAGCUGUGCGGCGGGCAUUAGCGCCGUUGUGGGCGGCUCCCAAUGGUAUGUUGUGUACUAUUUCCUUUCGCCUCACUUCAGCCGGCCACGCCGACGCGAGUAUAAAGAGAGACCAGGCGCGAACCGCUUCGAGAGCUGUGCGGCGGGCAUUAGCGCCGUUGUGGGCGGCUCCUAACGGUAUGUUGUGUACUAUUUCCUUUCGCCUCGCCUCAGCCGGCCACGCCGACGCGAGUAUAAAGAGAGACCAGGCGCGAACCGCUUCGAGAGCUGUGCGGCGGGCAUUAGCGCCGUUGUGGGCGGCUCGCAACGGCGGCAGCGGCGUAGCGCCAUGGCUGCACGGCGCCAUCUUGGCGCACGGCAGCCACUGGGCGGCGGCGCUGUGGCGCGAGCUGACCGGCGAGUGGCGGCGCUCGCUGCCGCGGUUGGCGGCGCGCCUGCUGCCGGCGCCCGCCGCGCCGCCGCGCGACCCGCUGGCGCGCGUGGGGCCGCCCGUCGACAAGGACGUGCCAGGCCCCUGGCUAGUGUGGAUAUGCGCGCGCGGCGAGGACCGCUGGGCUCGGCGCCUGCGCGCGCUCCUGCACGUGCGCGUGAUAUGCGGCGACGCGCCCGGGCCCGGGCCCGGCGCCGGCCCGGGGCCCAGCACCGGGCCCGAGGCCUGGUGCUCCGCGCUCAUGGGCGCCGCGCGGGCCGCGCUGCUCGACGUGCUAGCUGAAGCCGGGUCGCACCCGGUGGUGGCGGGCGGCUGGGGCGCGGGGGCGGCGCUGUGCGGCGCGCUGCUGGCGGGGGGCGCGGGGGACGCGGCGCUGGCGCGGGUGCGCGCGCUGGCGCUGCUGGCGCCGCCGUCGCACCCGGUGGUGGCGGGCGGCUGGGGCGCGGGGGCGGCGCUGUGCGGCGCGCUGCUGGCGGGGGGCGCGGGGGACGCGGCGCUGGCGCGGGUGCGCGCGCUGGCGCUGCUGGCGCCGCCGCUGCUCACAGUAACUGUUCCCUUGUGGCAGGUCGCACCCGGUGGUGGCGGGCGGCUGGGGCGCGGGGGCGGCGCUGUGCGGCGCGCUGCUGGCGGGGGGUCGCACCCGGUGGUGGCGGGCGGCUGGGGCGCGGGGGCGGCGCUGUGCGGCGCGCUGCUGGCGGGGGGCGCGGGGGACGCGGCGCUGGCGCGGGUGCGCGCGCUGGCGCUGCUGGCGCCGCCGCUGCUCACCGCCGAGGGCGAGGCCACGCAUCUCAACCGGACCGAGCUGGAUCUCCCCCUGCUGGUGGUGGCGGGCAGCGCGGGCGCGACGUGCCCGCGCAGCCUGGCGUGCGAGCUGGCGGCGGGCGGCGGCGCGGCGCGGCGCGUGCUGGCGGUGCGCGGCGCCGACGACGCGCUGCGGCUGCCCGCGCGGCUGCGGCGCCGGCUAGUGCCGCAGCACGCGCUCGACGCUGCCGUCGCGGAGGAGGUGGCACGCUGGGCGCUGACGGCCGCCGAAGGCGAUGCGCUGCGCCGACCUGCCAGGAAAAGCGCGGGUGCGGGUGAAGUGGUCGAGGAGCGACACACGUCGAUGCAGAAUGCCCGCGGCUUGAUACGCGAGAUAGAGCCUGCCGCUGUAUCCGUAGAGAGCGCGCGCCCCGUGCCCCGCGGGCCGCGCCGCUCGCUCGCGGCCGUCCCGCCGCCGCCGCCGACGCCGACGCCGACGCCGACGACGCCGACGCCGACGCCGACGCCGAUCAACGCCGAGCCCGCCGUGGACGAGCUGGACAUCAUGCAGCUGCCCAUCGUGUUCGCCGACGACGAGCCCGCCCCCGCCCCGCCCCUUCAGCGACACGGUGAGACACCACACCACUCGAUGAUGACUUAG